AGAAAGUUCAGGAACGUACAACAGAUGAAAAUUUCUAACUCCUGCAGAAUGCUUAGGAACUACUGAGCAUCAAUAGUUCUCGGCGUUGGACUUGGGCCCCACACACUCCUGGAGUGAAGUGGAGAUCCAUCCCAGCUGGACUUGGACCGGCUUCCUUCUUCUUCAAUUGGUAAGGUCGCAUCGCAUCGACGGAGAAUCCGAACGCGUCGCCUAUCCACCGGCGGCGCUCUCGGUCGGUCUCGCCUUCUGCCUUCCGCACGCGACGCUCAUCCACCGGCCGGCGCUCUCGGUCACGGCUUCUGCCUUCUGCCACGCGUCGCCAUCGCAACGUACAGGACGUUGCUUUUGUGGCUGCAAGGUUCUGUAAUUCUGGAAGAGCAAGAUGGGCAUAAUUAUCAUCUUCUCACUUGUCAUUCUUUUGGUACUAGGAGCUCUCUUUGUAAUCCCGAAGUCCCAAAAUAAAGGUAAACCAAAGAAGACCGAUUCAAGAACCAAUGUAAUGACAUCUAGGAUCUAUACAAAGGAAGAGGUCUCUAAACAUAACACGAGGAAGGAUUGUUGGAUCAUCGUCAAGGAUAAGAUAUAUGAUGUCACUCCUUAUGUGGAGGAACAUCCUGGCGGUGAUGCUAUUCUAAACAAUGCUGGUGGUGAUUCCACGGAGGGCUUUUUUGGCCCACAACACGGCACUAGAGUCUUCGAUAUCAUUGAGGAUUUCUGCAUUGGCCAACUGAAGGCUUCAUGAUAUAGAGGACCUUGUGUUGGGUUCACGGAAAUUUUGUUGAAAUCAAAGUACGAGGGGCUGUAGAUUAGUCAUGUUGCAUCUGCACAAUCUUCGGGAGUUUGAGGUGUCAGUGUGAAAAUUGUUUGGAAUUGUGAUCAGGGAUGCCCUAAACUUUUUCUGCUGGAACAUUGUAGACAUCAUUCGGACCA